AUGGAGGUCUACUUUGCUGAGGAGAGGCGUCUCACCGUGCUUACGCUCUGGAGGGCGGAGAGGACGCUCGAGCUCUGGAGAGGCGGAGAGGACGCUCGAGCUCUGGAGGGCGGAGAGGACGCUCGAGCUCUGGAGGGCGGAGAGGACACUCGAGCUCUGGAGGGCGGAGAGGACGCUCGAGCUCUGGAGGGCGGAGAGGACACUGCUCGAGCUCUGGAGGGCGGAGAGGACGCUCGAGCUCUGGAGGGCGGAGAGGACACUGUCGCACUGGAGGGCAGAGAGGACACUGUCGCACUGGAGGGCGGAGAGGACACUGUCGCACUGGAGGGCGGAGAGGACACUGUCGCACUGGAGGGCGGAGAGGACACUGUCGCACUGGAGGGCGGAGAGGACACAUAG